UUUCACGAGAUAAUUUUUCUUAAAAAUUGUUUUUAGUUUUGUAAGCAUUUCUAAUAUAAAAUGGCUAAUAAUAACAACAGAAUUUUGCUCAAAUCGAAUGAUGAUGAAACGUUUGAAGUUGAUAGAAGUGUUAUUCGUCUUUCUACAACUCUGAAUACUAUGUUUCAAGAUCUCGGAAUGGACCAAUCAGAUGCUAACGAUGCAAUGCUUCAAGAGCCUAUUCCAUUGGCUAAUGUCAACGGAGCUGUUCUUCGUAAGGUUAUUGCUUGGUGUCAGCACCAUAAAGACGAUCCUGUUGUAACCGACGAUGCUGAGAGCAGGGAGCGCCGCACUGACGAUAUUCCAAGCUGGGAUGUUGAAUUUCUUAAGGUGGAUCAGGGGACGCUUUUUGAGCUUAUUCUGGCAGCCAAUUAUUUGGAUGUUCACGGUCUUUUGGAUGUUGCUUGCAAGACAGUUGCAAAUAUGAUUAAAGGAAAGACACCAGAAGAAAUUCGUCGAACAUUCAAUAUUAAGAAUGAUUUUACUCCAGAAGAGGAAGAACAAAUUCGUCGAGAAAAUGCUUGGUGUGAAGAUUAG